AAAACCCUAGGGUUUAUGGUGAGAAUGGCGCUGAGGAAAGUGGGUGACAAAGUCCUCAUGGGUCGGGCGCAACGUGGCAUCUUCGCCGGCCGUCACAUCCAGUUCGGCAAUAACGUCAGCGAAGACGGCGGCAACAAGACGAGGAGGCAUUGGAAGCCAAAUGUGCAGGAGAAGCGGCUCUUCAGUUACAUCCUAGACCGCCAGAUUCAAGUCAAAGUCACCACCCACGCCUUGCGCUGCAUAGACAAGGCAGGUGGGAUUGAUGAAUACUUUCUGAAAACUCCUUACCAGAAGAUGGACACCGAGAUGGGGCUUGUCUGGAAAGCGAAAAUUGAAAAGCUGUAUGAAGAGGUUGGGCAGACAGGGGGAUAUGCUUUCCUGCAACCUAAAGAUGAAUCCAAGGUUGAACAGGAAUUUAAAGAGCUAAAACUAGAUGAGAGGGAAGUCAAGAGAUAGAUGUAUGAUUGGUCGAAGAAACUAAAACAGAUUGAGGAACGAAAAGACAACCAAAUCAAUGAUGAAGAAGGUCAUGAGGAAGGUGCAGGAAUAGGAGAAGGAAGCUCUCAUGUCAAGGUUCAUGAGCAGAUGGUUGCAAACUCCUGAGUUGAACUUUUGAACCAGCUUUUGGGAUGUUCUCAUUUUUGUCGGCCACACCCAUUUCCAGAAUUUUAAAUCAGGAAUUUCAGGGUAAUUCAAUUCUAGCCAUAGCCAGCUGAUAAAGCAGAAAUUUGUGAUCUAUUCUGAUUGUGAAAAUUCAGUUCCUUGUGGUUUUAUAUACAAUUUUGUAUCAAAUAAUUUUUACUAUGCUUUCGAAUUUUGAUGAGCCCUUUGCAAUACACAUUUAGCUGCAACUUAGUCGAUG